ACGCAGGGCGGAGGCGAUUGGAAGCUUAGGACUCCGUGGUGGUGCGCCCUAGGUACAGGGAAGGCACUGUCCACAGCUAAGAAAAUCACAAGGGUCAUGUCAGUGAGUAACCAAGAUCUAAAUCCAGAUAGUGCUACAGAUGUAGAAGAUGUUACAGAUGCUAAAGAAGAACUUAUUAAACAAUGUGAAGAAAUGUGGAAAGAUUUGGAAGCAUGUCAGAAUAAAUUAUCGCUUGUUGGAACCGAGACACUCACUGAUUCAAAUGCUCAGCUGUCAUUAUUAAUUAUGCAAGUGAAAUGUUUAACUGCUGAACUCAGUCAAUGGCAGAAAGAAACUCCUGAAAUACUUUCACUGAGUGAAGAAUUUCUGGUAUCAUUAGGAAAAGAAGAGUUCCAAAAAUUGAGACAUGAUCUUGAAUUGGUACUAUCUACUAUUCAAUCAAAGAAUGAAAAGUUAAAGGAAGACUUGGAAAGGGAGCAGCUAUGGUUGGAUGAACAGCAGCAGAUACUUGAAUCUCUUAUUGUGCUGCAUAAUGAAUUGAAACAUCAGAUCAUGACAGUUUCUGAAUCAAGAAUCUUUAAUGAACUGAAAACUAAACUACAUGCUAUAAAAGAAUAUAAGGAGAAACUAUUGGUUACCUUGAGUGAGUUUCUAGAAGACCACUUUCCUCUGCCUGAUAGAAAUGUUAAAAAGAAAAAGAAAAAUACUCAAGAAUCAACUACACAGUUGAUAACACUGCAUGAAAUAUUAGAGAUUCUUAUGAAUAGAUUAUUUGAUGUUCCACAUGAUCCAUAUGUCAAAAUUAGUGAUUCUUUUUGGCCACCUUACAUUGAGCUGCUCCUGCGAAAUGGGAUCGCUUUGAGACACCCUGAAGAUCCAACUCGAAUAAGACUAGAAGCUUUCCAUCAGUAAAAGGGUGGUCUCUUUUUCACAAAGUACUUAAAGAAUCUUGUCAUUCAAGGAUAA